AUGACCAUCAGCAACCCGCUGGGCCCCGCCUUCAGUGCCGCCAGGUAUGGGCCGCUCAACUGCAGCGACCCCAAUGCCAACGGCCCGCUGGCCUACAUCGGGCAGCCCGAGGUGUCCACAGACGAGUUUGGGGUGAUCCUGGUGCCCAACGACAUGUGUUCCAUCGACUGGGAACAAUCAGGGUACAACAACCCUGCCACCAAGCUCACUCUCACUCCCGACGCGCUUGUCACCAUCCGGUCGUUGUACGUGGACUGCGAGGGCGCCGAGGAGAUUGGCACCCUGCUCAACGUCCCCUACGUCUCUGGCGCCGCGGUGAACGUGACCAUCGACGAGAGCUACGGCGCCUGGGACCUGCCCUCCCCGCUGGUCAUCGACGGCACGCAAGGCGCCAGCGCCACCAUCGAGGUGCUGGAUGCGACGGCCGGCUUUGGCCAGCCCUGGAACAUAAACAACUGGCCGUUCGUGUACGUGGUGCAGCUGUGCGAGACGUCGGCAGCCGUGUGCGCGCAGCUGCUGGGACGAGAGCCCGGGGGGCAGCCUGACGGGGGUGCCGGCCUGGGGCCCGGCGGCGGCGGCGGCGGCACCCCUCAUGGAUCCCUCGCCUUCGGCCUUGGCGGUGGUAUCGACUCAUCGCUGUCGGCAGCCGAGAUCUCGCAGCAGCUGACGCCGGGCAGCUCGGGGCGCGGACCCUUCGACCUCAGCAAGUACCCGGGCUUCUGCCGCAAGAUGCGGCCGCCCAACGUGCCCGUGCUGACGGUGCAGCGCAUGUGGCUCAGCGGCCGGCAGCGCAACUACACAGACGUGUCGCUGGUCACGCAGCUGUCGGCCGACCGGCUGUACAUGCUGGAGGGGCAGUGCGGCGCCUGGGGCUCCAUCAUCGCCGCCGCCGUGCACGUGCCGCUGAUGCAGGGCAAGAUUGUGUCGGAGCUGCCUGAGCUGGAGGGCAAGGAUGUGGGGGCGCCGCUGGAGAUCAUCAGCGAGUUCCACGAGCGCAUGGAGCGGCGGGCCAGGGCCACCGACCACUCUCGCUGGUUUGAGACCAGCAUCUCGUACCGUAUCCCGUACGAGGAGGGCUUCGAGCCGUAUGUGCUGGUGCAGCGCCGCUUCGUGCCCUGGUACGACGAGCGCUUCAAGGGCUACCGCAAGAACAAGGUGGUGCACCUGAUGCACAUGUUCCGCCUGGGCGUGGAGUUUGCGUCCACGCCUCACGGCUACGUGGUGCACUCGCCGCACCCGGUGGCCAACUCGUGGAACACCACGCAGGCCACAGGGUUCUGGUACAAG